UUUCCCCCAAAUCAGGGAAGGGCGCACUCAGCCUCAACAGACACGCCUUGGAAUCUUCUCUCUCUCUCUACAGCUGAGCUGACCCAUUUCUCAUGCUACAAGCUUAAAUGGGCGUUCAUAGCAAGGCGGCAUCCUCAUCUUAAAUAGGCUCUCUCUACUUAAUGCCAAAAUUCUCUCCCCCCCUCUCCCCUCUUUCAUACCAGAGUUUCUCUCUCUUUUUCAUCAGGGGUAUAGUUGUUGAGGAGCUCUUCUCUGAGCUAAGAUGUUGGCGAUUUUCAGCAAUGACAUAGUGUCUGGACCCCAAGAGCUCAUUGAUGCUGGAAGUCGAACACCAUCUCCGAAAACGAACGCAUCCGAUCUCUUGGAGACGUUCAUCAGCCGUUACCCAACGGCCGUAUCCGCUAGGGUCGGCACCGAGGCCUACAUGUCCUACACUCAUGAAAAUCAGCCCUUGUUACAACCUAGGUCUUUUGCUAUGAAAGAGGAGAUGAUGUGCUUAUUUAAGGGGAGCUUGGAGAACUAUGGGAGGUUGAGGCAAGAGUAUGGGCUGGGGAAAAACGGUAACGAGGUGCUUUUGGUGAUGGAGGCGUACAAAGCCCUUAGGGAUAGAGCUCCAUACCCUGCUACUCACAUGGUCGCCCACCUUCUCGGCCAAUUCGCCUUCGUUAUCUUCGACAACUCCACCUCCACCGUCUUCGUCGCAUCCGAUCAAGAGGGUAGGGUUCCAUUAUUUUGGGGAAUAACAAAAGAUGGGUAUUUGGCCUUUGCUGAUGAUGUAGAGCUGCUCAAGGCAUCUUGUGGAAAAUCUCUGGCAUCCUUUCCCCCAGGUUGUUAUUUAUGGAGAGCAUCGGAGCUGAAGAGUUACGAGCACCCCAAGAACAAAGUAACCGCCGUUCCGGCCACAGAGGAAGAGAUAUGUGGUGCAACUUUCAAGGUUGAAAGACCGCACCUAUGCACAAGCCUAGGAGUAGACAUAUGAGAUAAACCAAAGCUAAGCUGAAGCCGGUCGCUAUGUAAAGUGUUCAUGUUUUCCUCCUCUUGCCUUUAAGUUUUUUUGAUUUUUUACUUUUUAAUGAAUAAUAAUAUAAUAAUAUGGUAACUGUUGGGUGUAUUAAAAAAUAAUUUAAUAAUAUGGUAACUGUUGGGUGAAAGAUAAGUCCCAUUUCCUUGUUCUUAUUUUAUUUAAGAGAGAGAGCAUUGGCGUGGUGAAGCCGGGGGUUCACGGGCCUCGUCACGAGUCACACACUCAACAGUCCAACUCCUU